AUGUUUAAAAACGUUAAAGGUUUUAAAAAGGAGGAUCUCAUAACUUUGUUGGAAGAAAGUAAUGAACCUUUACCUGCUAAAGUUACAAUUACUAAUUUGAAAGAAGUGAUUUUGAAUAGUCAAGUUUAUAAAAAUGAUCCGGAGUUUGUCCAAGAGGUUUUGUUUACGAUUAUCAGUGAAAGACAAGAAAACGAAAGUCGAAAGCACCAAGAAGACGAAAGAAAACGUCAUGACGAGGAAAUAGUGAAGCAAAGACAAUACGAGUUAGAAUUAACAAAAGUAUCUGUUGGAGUGCGUUUAGAAGUACCAAAUUACGAAACGGUUGAAUCAGGUAGAUUGAAAACGAAAUUCCACUCACCUAAACUUGAACUUCGCCAGUUUUCCAGAUAUUUAAAGGACUGGUUGCCCUUUUGGAGCCAAUUUGAACAUGUUCAUAAUGACGUAGAUACUGCUCCCGAAAAUAAAUUUCAAUAUUUGAUCCAAGCCACUGUUAGUGGAUCGCGCGCUCAGGAAGUCGUUAAGAGUUUCCCGCUAACCGGCGCCAACUACAGCAAAGUUAUUGAGUCGUUAAAAUCUCGCUUUGGCCGCAGUGAUUUACUCAUUGAAUUCUACGUCCGUGAACUAUUGAAAUUAGUUAUAGAAAACACCUAG